AGUGGGAGCUGUCUAUGCUCAGAAUAGCAAUGAUGUAUCAUGGGAGUUAGUCUUCCGGCAAGAAACAACGUCAUCGGAACUUUCAGAGGUCAUGCCAUCCCUGGAUCCUUCUUACUUAUUUUGGGCCUUUGGUGGAGUACAAAGAGUAUUCUGAAAUAUGUCUGCAAAAAGCAAAAGCAGACCUGCUACCUUGGUUCCAAAGCAUUGUUCCAUCGAGUAGACCUUUUGGAAGGAACUAUAGUUGUUGGCAUGGCUUUAAUUGGUUUUAUCUUCUACAACCACACUCAUGGCCGGGAGAUGCUGGACAUCUUUGUGCACCAGCUGCUGGUUUUGGUCGUCCUUCUGGCAGGCCUGGUCGCCUUCAUGGAAUUCCUCUUACCGGGCAAUGUACUUCUGGAGCUUCUGCGUGAAAGCCUCAUCCUGCUUCAGGGGACGUGGUUCUGGCAGAUCGGCUUUGUUCUGUAUCCCCUCAGUGGAGGUCCUGGCUGGGAUCAAACAGAUCAUGACAAUAUUAUGUUUCUCACCAUAUGCUUUUGUUGGCAUUAUGCACUAAGCUUUAUCAUCCUUGGAGUGAAUUAUGCCUUUAUCACCUGGUUGGUUAAAUCUAGACUGAAAAGGCUCUGUCCCUCAGAAGUUGGACUCCUGAAAAAUGUUGAACGAGAACUAGAAUCAGAAGAAGAGAUGUGAUUUAGAGGGGCAUCGAGUCUUUCCAGAUAAACCUUUUAUUUUUUGCAUUGCUGUUCCUGGUUUUGUUUCUUGACCUUUUGUUUGGAGAACUGGCUAAGGAUGACUCUCAGUGUAUUCUUAGUAUUUCCAAUUUUGUUCGAGUAGUUGAUUUUUAAUGUUUUAUUUUUAUCUCUGAAAAUACUUUGGAUGAUGAGUUCGUUUUGCACAUCAUGCACAUCGUAGUAUUCAGGGGCUAGAGUGACUUCUCCCAGGUCAUCUACAGUUUGAUGGCCACACUA